ACAGGCAAUUAUAACAGCAAAGAUGAAAAUGGAUACACAGUCAUAGACAUGCUGGCAGAUAAUAUAGUAAAAGAAAGUUGGAGCCAGGAUGAAAAACCAUGCUUAGACGAAAUAAUGUACACUUUGAGGAGUGCGAAGAAUUCAACAUUAUGGGCUACUUGGAUUAUGGAUUCUAUGCAACCACCAGUAGGACUCUUCUAUGGUUCCAGACAUAGCCUGGGUAACUUUGACCAGUGCGUAGAUCCUCCUUGGUUACACACAAAUCAUGAACUAAGGACUAAGUACUGUUUAGCUGAUGUAAUCCUUAGUGAUCGCGAAACAACUGGGAUUUUAAAAGACCCUUAUGAAACUGCAGAAGCAUAUAUCAAUUCACAUUCCAGACACAACAUGAGGUUCAGAGAAUUCAUGUGGGGUGUUUGUGUGCCGGCUAAGUGUAGAAAUAAUACCACUGGAAAAUUAUUCAAGGCAUUCUAUAGAAUUUCUCACCUGGCUAAUGUGGUAUCUGAUCCAAGAAUUAAUGUGGUAUCUUGUCAAGUAGCGGGUGUGGAGGUUCCGAAACAAACAGGAUUCUAUAUAUUCAUCUCUAUAAUAAUAUCUGCUAUAGUGACUGUAUUAGUUGGUACAUUUGUUGCUUCUAAACAAAACGAUGACAGUUCAGGGAUUGCAAGAGCCCUUUCCAUAAAGACGAAUGCAAUAUCACUAAUAACUCAGACAGAAGAGGAUAUUCUUGUAAUACAUGGAGUUAGGGCAUUCGUAUCUGGGGUUGUAGUGUUACUACAUCUUUAUUUUGUCCAAACCUGGAUCGGAGUAGGAAAUGCCCGCGAUCUCGAAAGGAAAAUUGACAAAUAUGGAUAUGUGUAUAUAUACCAAAUGGAAUCCCUUGUUGACACCUAUUUAUUGCUAUCUGGAUUAUUUCUGAUAAGGAGUUUUAUGAAGUUAGAUAAGACCAACUUGCUAAUGUUGGUGUUGAAGCGAUAUCUCAGAUUUAUGUUCUUCGUGGGACCAACAGUUCUGUAUAUGAUUUAUGUCUACCAACAGACUGGAAGUGGGCCAAUCUGGAUUAGGCUCACCGAUAGAGAAAUGGAAGCAUGUUAUAAAACAUGGUGGGCAAACGUUCUUAUGUUGGGAAAUUAUAUAGAUACACCCAAUAUUUGCUAUCCGACGCUUUGGACUGUCCCCUGUGACUUUCAUCUGACAAUUGUAUCAAUUAUAUUGUUUUAUUUAUAUAGAAGGAGCCGCCAAAUGGCAAUAGCGCUGUAUUCAGUUCUAUUAGUAAUAUCAAUUAUAUUACCCGCGUUGUAUGUUUAUCAAAAUAGAAUCUUACCUGUAGCACCUUUCGGAUUGGAAUCUGUCCACAAUUAUCGCCAAGCAUUGUUUGGAAAUGAACUUUAUUUAAGCACUCAUCUGAGAGCUACGCCGUAUCUAGUUGGACUUGCUUUGGGAUACGUAAUGUCUAUUUAUAAACCGUCGCAUCACAGAAACAUAAUCAGUAAUAAAGCAUCUCGUAUAAUUUUCACAAUACUGGUGCUCAUGACAGCAUAUAUUUUGCGCAUUGGUGGCCUCUUCCACUAUCCAGACAUGGAAUACAGUUUAUGGAAUUCCGUGGCAUUUGCAUUAUUGCAUAGGAUAACUUGGGCGCUGAUUUUUUCAUGUUUCUUGGUUAUAUGUGAAUAUGGUUGUAUACCAUACGUACAGAACUAUCUUACAUGGCCUCCUUGGAUACCUUGCAGCAAGUUAUCAUACGGCUUUUUCCUGGUGCACACAGUGUUCUACGGUAGAAUUGCCGGCACCAUUCGUUCUCCAGUACGCUUCGAUAUGGUUGAAAUGUCAGUGCAUUGGAUGGGCACAAUUGUGACGGGCACCGUUAUAAGUUUUUGCCUAAACUUAUUUCUUGAAGCCCCUGUUAAUAAUAUUAUGAAGCUAUUAUUCAGCCAAGGAAGAAAAACCCUACAGGAAGAUAAAACCGAAACAGUGAUUGGGAAGCAGAAUGUCUUGAAGAAAAAUCUUUAAUAUUCUUUUUAAUGUUUUAUUUGUUAUAUUUUGCGGGUAUAUUUGGAAAAUGUUCAGAUAAAUGUCGUUAAUAAAGC